UGUAGUUAAUAAAUAACAUUCUGCCUGUCCAAGAGAUUGCAGUGUUGGAACACGUGAUACAAAUGCAAAGAACGCUUUGUUGCAGGCUAACUUCAGCUUAAGUACGUUUUUUUUAUUUUUAUUUAGAAAGUGGCAGUAAGAAAGAUGUCGAACAGAAAGGGCCCUCCUGGGUCUCAGCCUUUUAUGAAGCGUCCAGACAACACAGCUUUUAAACAGCAGAAGCUUCCAGCAUGGACUCCCACCCUCAAAGCAGAGACUGUUCUGCCCUUCUUCUUCCUGAGUGGGGUGGCCUGCAUUACGAUCGGGGUCUUGCUUAUUAUAACCGCUGCUGGAGUCCAAGAAAUGAAAGUGGAUUACACAGAAGAAAGAGAUUGUGCUGAUUGCUAUUCUCUCCGCCUAGACAGAGCAAAAUCAACAAGUGAUUGUGCGUGCACUGUGUCCUUCUCACUAUCAGAAGCAUUCAAGGGUGAUGUGUUCAUGUACUACGGAUUAACAAAUUUCUACCAGAAUCAACGGCACUAUAUGGUUUCCAGGGACGAUGCACAGCUGGUGGGGAGACAGUAUAACUUGAAGAAUCCAAGUAUCACCUGUGUUCCAUUUGACAAGUAUAAGAAUGGCACUCCUAUUGCACCCUGUGGGGCUAUUGCCAAUAGCAUAUUCAAUGAUACUCUUCAGCUUUUCUACCACUCUGAUAAAAACACUGAAACACCAGUCCCAUUGCUGAAGACUGAUAUUACAUGGUUCACUGACAGAACCGUGAAAUUUCAAAACCCAUCACCCAAGGACAAUCUUACUGCUGCUUUUUCAGGAACGGCCCGUCCCUUUUACUGGCGGAAGCCUGUGUACCAGCUCAGUGUGGAGGAGAACAACAACGGCUUUGUGAACGAGGACCUCAUUGUGUGGAUGAGGCAGGCAGCCUUUCCUUCAUUUAAGAAGCUUUACGGGCGGCUAAAUCGCACACAGGAGUUCAAUGACGGCCUUCCAGCUGGGAACUACAGUGUUAAAAUUUCCUACAAUUACCCUGUGGGCAAGUUCAAAGGCCGAAAAUCUGUGAUUCUCUCCACAGUGUCCUGGCUGGGAGGUCAGAACAACUUCCUGGGUAUAGCCUACUCUACAUCCGGCGCGAUUACCCUGGUAGUGGCCAUCAUCCUAACAGUGGUUCACCUGAAAUUUAGGAAAAAGCCUCUGGGUCUAGAGGAAGAAUAAACCCUACUUUCCAGUAGCAUCCUGCUUCGACGUUCUUGUGUUUGUUCGUAAUACAAUCAGUAAAGAUCCACCAAACCACAUGGGAAUUAAAUAACAUGUAUUACAGAAGUACAGUGUGAUGUGAGGUGUAAAGUGGAUGACAACCUACCUAAUGUGAUUAUGUAGAGAGGUCCGAAAUGAGACUAUUUAAAAUCAUUUAUAAAAUGAUCUAUAGGACUUCCUUUUUUUUUUUUUUUUGUCAUGUGAGAUUGUGCCUGUUUGGUCUGGUAGAGUGAUAUAGAAAUGUUUGUAUUUUUAGUUUCUCAUAAGUGUUUUGUAUUGUGGAUUAAUCUGUUUUGUCCAUUGUCACAUACCCCACCCCAACAUGGCUACCAGACAUUAACAAAAAACGACAAGAAAUAGUUUCAGUACUAUUAGAAGAAAGACACACCUGUUGUGACUUAAAAAUAUAAGACAUGAUCUCAGGAUCCCAUUUCCUCAGCACACUUGUGUUAUAAAAGUUUAUUCUGCUCCAGCACACAGACCUGGUUAAUAGGGGCUGAAAAAAGCCAUCAAACCAUGUGCCCAAACACCUUGUAACCAGGGAUUAGCAAAAGGUUUUAAGAUGGCACUCAAAUUAUUUUAUUUUAUUUUUUAACUAAGAGAAGUUGGUUGUUUUGGAGCCAUAAAAUUGUCAUGCAAGAAUAUGAUUCUCUGCAAUUAUCGUUAAAACAAAAAUUCAAGUUAUUUUUCUAUACAGGUUUACAGUAUAGUACAUAUUACAAUA